UCUGUUAUUGCAUCAAUAUUAUACAACCGUUCCCCCACUUGGCACUUAGGUGUUGUGAAAGUAGAAUUGGCCCCUGUUUGGGCCCCGUUCGCUAGCGACGAGUCUCCUUGGAUAAGCCAGUGAAAGCAAACGAAAUAUCCACGGCAGAUAGAGAGCCAGUCAGACCGCCUAUAGCGCUGCGAAAUCCCACCGUCCCACCGUCCCACCGUUCCGCCGUUCCACCGUUCCACCGUCCCACCGUUCCGCCGUUCCACCGUUCCACCGUCCCACCGUUCCGCCGUUCCACCGUUCCACCGUUCCACCGUUCCACCGUUCCACCGUUCCACCGUUCCACCGUUCCACCGUUCCACCGUUCCUCCGUUCCUCCGUUCCUCCGUUCCGCCGUUCCACCGCGCUAAGCUAAAAUAGACGAUCGCUAACAUUACGGCACCACCGAGCGAAAAGCUGAAUAGGGUUUGCGCACAGGUUCGUGCUUACAGUGACCUUGAAAGUAAAAAAAGAUAAAUUGUGAGUGAGCAAGCAAUAGGAUAAAAAGUUGCAUUGUGGUGGGGUCCUACUAGAGAAAAGUGGGGAAAGUAAAGGGAGAAAUUAAGAGUCAGUAGUACUAUGCCUGAACACGUAAGCGAAGUUAAUGUUGACCAUUUGCAUCGAAUGAACAAAACAAUCGGGGGUUGUAUUAUACACAUUCACUCUUAAUCAGUAAACUAUACCUUCAUGGACUACUACUACUGAAUUACAUCUAACGUUCAAUAUUCAAACGCCUCAGUGUGACCGGCCGCUCGCUUUUCCAUUCAUUCACUUUUACUUUCAUUUUACCACGACAUUGCUCCAACGCCUUCCAGUUUAUGCAACUGUUUAAAUCCAAUAGUGCUUUAGUGUCAUCUACUUCAUGUGUUCCUGAUGUGUUUGUUGUGGAGCUAUGGCUCAAUGUGUCUGUGUAUUAUUUUUCUUCUUGUGCUUGCAUUGCAGGAUACGCUAAGGAUUAUACGUAUACGUCUACAUCACAGGAAUAAAAACUGAUUACCGCGUUCAAACAGGACAAUUAAGAUACAUUUUCUCUUCAAUCACUUGGUUUUCUUCCCAGAGAAUCUAAGGAUUCAAAGCUCUGAACAAGAUGAAAGGUUCCAUCAAGACAUGACUGAAAAAAAAGAAGAUAUCGAAGCCUUAAAGACGAACAAAUGAUGGCGGAUUAUUGCUGGUUUCUUAUUCAAGAUAAUCUAAUGUACAUAAAAUGUAAAAGUUGGAGCUCUUUACACAGUUUAAAUGGAUGAUAUAGGUAUCCAACAACACAAUACGAACUCCGCCAUGUACUCGGAAGAACAGGAUUCUCAUGGACUACUAACUUUACAUUAUGGAAAACAUCAUGCCACAAUAGUAGAUGAAAUUAAAACAUGCUUCACAUCUGAAAAUUUUGCUGAUCUGACGUUUAUUUGUGAUGAUAAGACGACAUUAAGUGCGCAUAAAUUGAUAAUGGCAUCAGCCAGUCCACUUGUUCGACGAAUUCUUCGAGAAAGUGCUCAUUCACAAGGGCCAAGUGUAGUACUGAUACCAGGAAUAAAAAGUUGCCAUUUAAGACAUUUGUUGGACUUUCUGUAUCAUGGACAAGCCUGUAUUAAGUCCAGCGAAUUAAGUAACAUUCAAGAAUUAUUCGAUCUUCUGCAAAUCAAGUCUGAUAUGUGGCAGUCAUCAAGUCCGGAAGAGUCUAAGAAUCACUCCGAUGAUAGUACAGGUUGGGUACUUUCGGAGAGUGGAAAUAGUGAACAAGUAUUGGUUAAAAAAGAAACUGAUGAUGAAAAGGAAGAAGGUGAAAUUAAGGACGAUGAAGAUGAUGAAACUGAUGAUAAUAUGCAAUCUGAAAGUAACGGAUCUCCAAACCCUGUUAAUUUAUCGUUGAACACUAAAAGUGAUGAAAUUAAAGAAGACUACGAGAAGAAAAGUCAGCAAUCUGAAGAUAAGGAGACGGUCGACAUCUUGAAAAUAGGACAGACAACAGUAAAAAUAAAACCAAAACUUCAUGAACUCUCACAAUAUCAACACCAUAGGAUGAAGAGAAAAACGAUGUAUGCAGAACCUUCGGAUUUGAAGCAGUCGGAAGAACUUUCACAGUUAAAACCACCACUAGCCGAUCAAAAAAUAAUGUCCCUUGUUCAGAGUCCUGAUAAUUAUGUAGUUACACCUCAUAGAAAAAGAAGACCAGGAUUUCACAAUUCUCCAUCUCAAAAUCCUCCCUUUGUUCCUUUUUCAUCUUCUUACGUAGAAGAUAGCGGUCACCACCAUCACCAUAGAUAUAAAAAUUUGCCUCCAUAUUUAGCUGCUCAUCAUCCACUUUCUUUAUCAGCACCUCCAUUCUUAGUAGAUAGACAUACACCGACUCCAGGAUCACAUCCUGAUACAUUAAGCACGCAUGAAAAUCUUGAAGUUAAAUAUCGUCCUCCUAGUGCUGAUCAGGGAUUAAGUUCAGAAGUAUAUUCUUUUGAACAUCCAUGGGGUGCUUGGUCGUUGUGCCAAACUCAAGUAAAUGCACCGUGCAAUGAAGAAUCUAGGGAGCCUACACCACAGUUUCCACCUACCACCGGAGAAGAGUCUACGGAAAGUUCACCUCAAGCUACAGGCAGUAAACAAGUCAUACCUUCCCUACAAGUUCGUGAAUACCGUUGUGAAUAUUGCGGCAAACAAUUCGGUAUGUCAUGGAAUCUUAAGACACAUCUUCGUGUACAUACUGGAGAGAAACCAUUUGCUUGUAGACUGUGUGUAGCUAUGUUCAAACAAAAAGCACAUUUAUUAAAACAUUUAUGUUCAGUGCAUAGAAAUGUUAUAUCAUCUAAUGAGGGCAAUUCAGGACGUUUUAACUGUUGUUUUUGCCCACUGUCCUUUGAAUCGUUACCUGAGUUAAUUAGACACUUAUCAGGACCACAUAAUAAUUUAUUACUUAGCAAAAACAUGCAUGAACUCAAAUAGCGUAGUUUGCAUUCCAAUUUAGGUAAAACUUGUAAAUUCAUUUUGUUUAUUAGAUCAAUAGUACCUUUCUAGAAUCUCGUGUGGACCUAGAGUAGUAGGUAACCCUCAGGGAUGUCGUGAAUAGAUUUAAGUCCCAGAGACAACUAUGACUACUACCGCUGUAUUUUAUUAUGGGUUUAUAAAUAUAAUUUUAAAACUAUUUACUAUUUUCAUACAAGGUAUGGUUGAUCACAAUCGUAUUCUUAGACAUGAGUUGCUCUUGUCCAGGUAAAUGAAAAGGAGUUUUUGCACAAUUUAUUACUUAGGACUGUGGAGUAUGUUUCUAUAAAUUUAAUAUAAUUAUAGUCUUAUUUUGUAUAAUUUUACGUGAGAAUAUUGGCCCCUUGAAUUCCUAUACAUAAUAUAAUGUAAUAAAUAGUAGUCAAACAAUGAUCAAACAUUUACCAGCGCAAAAGCAAAUUUUAACCAAUGUGUUCAAAUUGACCAAGUAACUAUUUAUAAGCUCUUGAAAUUUCCUUCAGCUGGUCUAAAAGGUAUUUCAUAUUUAAAAUGUUAUCAAAGUAAGUCAUGGCAUUGAAAUGCUAUGAUUUAAAAUACUGAUGACAGUAAUAUUGUACACAAUUUAUUAAAAUAUUCAAAAUGUUCAAGAAUACUUUUAAUAAAAGAUGUUCAAAUGAAUUACAUAUAGGGUUCGUAAGAGAUGAAGAUGUGCUUAAAAUAUGAACUAAAUGACGCGAAUUUUAGUGGUAAAUCAAAAUACCCUAAAAAAAUCACCCUAUAAAAACAUAAAUAUUUUUUGAUAUUAACGUAAUAAUAAAUUAAUUCAAAAUGUUAUUCAUUUUUAGAACAUCUUUUAUGUUUAAUUGUUAGAGAAUACGUAAUAUGGUGAUAUAUUCAUUUUUAUAGAAGGAACCUCAUUAGAUAUAGUUGUCAUCUGAAUAUACUCAAUAGUGGGAAUUUUUUACUGUCUCUGUUAUGCAUGAUGUCUCUCUCAAAUUUCAGUAGGAUCAAAUAAAUAUAUUUAAGGAUUUUUUGACAUAUAAAUAGUAAUAUAUUUGUUUUAUUAUUAUCGUUAAUGGAUAUAAAUUUAAUUUAAAUUAUCAAAAGUGUUUGCAUGACACAGACAGCCACAUCGUAAGUGUUCUAAUAAGUAAUUAAACCUUGUACUCUCUUAACAAUUACAUUUAUUCUUUAAUAUUAUGUAUAUAUGUAUGUUACAGUGAAUGACUAUGAAUACGCUAAAUGUUUUCAUACAAAUACGCAAACAAAUCAUAAGUAAUAAUGAACUGAAAACAAAGUUUUGUUUAACAAAAAAAAAAAUAGUAAUAGUUACCAUACUAGAUGGGCAAAUAGGAUGCCACCCAUAACUCAGAAAUUCCUUAUAUAAUAAAAGUACAUUUGACAAAAGCCAAUAAGUUCAAACACGUGCAGUCUUUUUUGAGAUGAAGAAUAUAAAAUAUUUUGAUGUUUCUAAAAGUAAGGCGUGAUAUCUACGAUCAAAGAAUUUAAUUAUAAUUUUAUUAACUUUACAAAUGGUUUAUGUAUGUAUUUCUGCAUCUAAAAAGAUACAAAAUAUAUACAAUAAAUAUACAAGAUGCAAAAUGAUUUUUAAAACAUUAACAAUUCUACAUUUGCAAUGUUUAUUACUAAAUCCAACAUUCCCUGUAACAUAAGUAUAUAUUUUUCCAAUCUUUGUCAGUUUUUGUAUUAUAUACAAAAAAUGUACAUUAUACUUAUUAUGGUCUUACCAUAAACCGACAAUAUAAAAUAAACGUAUAUUUUUUUAAUAUACCUACCAAAGAACUAAAAAUUAGGUUGAAUAAAUUUUUUUUAACAUAAUUAAGUAAUAAGUUAUUCCUUUCGAUACGAUCGGACAACAAUGGCCUACAUGUUGAAAUGACAAUAAGAAUAACAAAAUCAAUCUAUUUUAAUUUGAGGUUUUAAUUUAACGAGGUGAAUAUAAAAAACAGAUAAUAGCUUUCAAAUAUAUUAUUUAUACUUGUAAUUGCAAAUAAAUAUAAACACAUUCAAGUGUUUAGGGAACACCUAAAUAUUUUGAAAUUAUUGCAAUAAAACCAAAAAAACUAAUGAGAGCACCCAUAUUUAUUUUUGUUAUUUAGAAUAAUUAUGCAAUAUUUAUUUUAUUAUUAUUAUCAAAAACUAAUAUCCGCCUUACAUCGAUCUGGCAUACGCAAUAUCAGCAGUAAGUUUUGGUCGAGAUUUCACCACAUCUCCUGUACCACUAAAUAAGCUGCGACUGGCCUCCAUAAUGGUCUUGGCGAUUCAAAAGUCUUCUUUUCCAUUCCAGCAUCCCAUACUUUUUCUACUGGAUUAAGGUCUGGGGAUUUUGCUGCCCAAAGUAUAACGCUUGCGAUUCUAUUCGAAUGCUGCUUGUACGAUCCUUGCAGUAAGUGGCUUAACGUUAUCCUGCUGGUUUCCAUUAAAAAGAGCUCAGUUCUUUCGCCAGUAUUAAUUCCUUUCCAAAACAUCAAUGAACCUAUCCUUCCAGAGUCUGGGUUGUAGCAAAAUCUUGACUCAUCAUAAACGAUAAUACGGCUCCACGGUUUCUGACGGUUUGAUCUGACACAAUUAUAUGGUGAGUCCCAAGAAGCUCUUGUCUUUGCUUGAAAGCUGUUACAACCGGGUGUCUCUGAGCUUACAGAAGCAAACAGUGGUCUUGUACCGAAGUAGUUAUCCUAUUGCGGCUUGGAAGUCUUUCUUUUACGUCAUUAUACUCAUUGUAACGUCUCCAUAAUCUCCAUUUCACGUUGUGAUAAUCCACUCUUUAUCAUCCCAAUUACUCUUAAUUUUUGUUUUUUACUUAGAUGGUGCCUUUUCAUAAUAAUAAAAGUAUUUUUAUGAAUAUUUGAUGAAUAUUGGGUCAAUAACACAAGAUAAGAUAUACUAAAUAUGUUAAAUUAUUUAUUUAAUUAAAUUUAAUUUUAUUUUUCUGGGUGUUCCUUAGCCAGUUUGACUGUGUAUAUAUAAACAGAUAGGUGUUAUUCGAAAUUAGUUGUAUUUUGACCUAAUAAAGUUAAUAAAUAAGUGAAAUUCAAUGUAAAAAAUAUAUAAAUAUUGGAUAUUAAAAAUUUAAGGUAUAACUUCUCACGUACAUAUAAAAUGGAAAUGAAAAUUUCUCCAAGAUAGAAACAAAAAUAAAAAUAAAUCUUUUAAUGUGACAAAAAAUUGUUCGGAUCACAUUACUGAGCUGUAGGCUUUUUCUGCAGUAUAUUUAAGUUAGAAGAUUAUUUAAAAUUUUAACAUAAACAACAGUAGGCCAAUAAAUUAUAAAUCCACAAAUAUUAACACUAAAUAUGUACAAAUUAAAAAAUAUAUAUCAGUUAGAAUUCAAAUUCAGAUGUUGAAUAUAUCUUAGUAAAAAUUUCUAUUUGCACUUGUCAGGUUAAGAAUCUUUGUAAUUGUGGAUAUAUUUCAAAACUUGGUACAAACGCUUAGUAUUUUGUUAGAUUUAAUGAAUGUAAAUAAAUAAAUAUGUAAAUAGUAUCCUUGAGUAAAUAAAUGUUUUAAUGUG